GUAGGUUGUGAACAAGGUGGCAGAAGUCCAAGUCAAUAUUAUCGACAAUGACAUGCGACAUCGCACCUGGCACCGCUUCUGCAUCCGCAAUGUGCUGGUACUGACAAGAAAACAUAACAGAAAACAAAAACAUAUCAAUUCGUAACGUUCAUUACACAAACAUGGGCUUCUUCUCGUCGCGCAGGACAGUAGGCGAGUCCCAGUCAUACAUCCAUAACGACAGCUCCGUGUCCAUGUCUGUGGUUCAGGUCAUCCGUACCCGAUUCUACGGAAAGUACAAAGGCAAGGCGCGCGAGACGCACCCUCCUUCAAUGACUAGGCACAGUGACCACAAUCUCCACCGUCUCAGCGCUGGGCGCUCCCCUCUCGGUACCGAACAGUUCUUACCACCACAACAAAAUACUCCACGUACACAUACAGACGUCAUCACGGCCACCCUUGCACAACGUCUCGAUGAACUUGCUGCCGCAAAUUCUCAAGGCUUGCUCGAUGACGAUGAAUACCGUCUUCUGCGACAAAACAUCUUUGAGCGGCUUGCUUCAGGGAGCUCAGUCCCGCAGGAAGCUCCCCUUGUCCCCAUUGUCUCACAUCCGCCCAACGCCUACAAUCCGGCUUCCGCCAAAAGUCGUUCACCAUCCGUCCGCUCCAAAUCCUCGAUUUCCUCCGCCAUGAGCACUCUCUUUAAACGUUCUUCCCGAAUCUCAGCUCACACAACUCUCACCGCAACAACAGACGACACGUCUAUCUUUUCCGGCAGUACAUCCCGGCGACCAAUCCCGCCACACAUGCGAAGCGAUGUUUCUCUGACAUCGGAGAAUCUGUCACAUACAGCUGAUGUGCAGUAUUUAGGUGUAAACGGGAGUACCAGCAGUAUCAAUAUUGGUGGAAACGGGGGAAGAAGCAGCCCGUACCGGUCCCUCCGCCGCCUUCAAACAGGACCAGCUACCCCUCCCCCAUCAUCCUUCCGUUUAAAUAGCACUACUGGCUCGCCCUUCACACCCGUUCCCUCAACAUCAACAACCCCACACACAUCCUCGCAUUCUCCGAUGCAGUCGCACGCAUUAUCUCUAUCACCAUCUACGAAUCCUGCCGACCCCGAAAAUCUAUCCUCAUUAGAGCUGAAGCGCCAAAUUGCGACGCUUGAAGCUGAGGGUGGACGGUUACUUGAUGCGUUCAACGGGCUUGAACUUACUGCACUAACUCGACGUCAUCCGCCACGAACGCCUUCUGUGCGUCGAGUCCGCGUGGGAGUGGGAGGGAGCGAUUAUGGUAGUAGAGGUGGGGGAAGUGAAUAUGGCGGUAGAGGCGGGGGCAGUGAAUGUGAAGGCAGCGGGUACCCAAGUACCGGGAGAGGCACACCCUGCGAGGCUGAUGCUCAAUCCAUGUACUCCGCGUCGGCAGCCUCUAGCGUCAGCCAACCACGCUCCCAGCCGCAGUCAUAUCGGAAUCCCUCGUUACGCGCCCCGCCAUCAACAUUAUCUGCGUCGGCAAGGAAGCGUAGUAUGUCAUCUAUAUCGUCUCGCGCACGCGUCCCCACAAACGGCUCGAUGCACGCUUCGCACUCAUCGCCGGGACUCACCCACAGCAAGCUACGGGAACUAGGCAGUGUCUCCUCUGUUAACCUUGCACGAGACUCUUCCAUGCACCUCCCUUCGACUGUACACAACUCGCCGGUGCGUGAAGUACCUGAUGAUGAUGCCUCCAUUCUGGUACUCGAGAGCGAGCUGGGUGAUAUUCGACGGCGGCGAGGAGAGGUGACUGCACGAUAUCAAGCGCGGCUGGAGUAUUUGCGGGCACAACUGCGGGGGGCAGAAUUGAGGGAGAAGUUGAUGAGGAGAUGAGGAAAGGGGUCUAUCGGGUUGGCCCAUUUGCGGCGAGCAUCAUUUGUAACUGGGAUAUCAUUAUAUACCUUCGCAUUAUGUUUUGUGUUUUAUGCGGAUUAUACUGAAAACACGCUUCCACCGGU